AAGUAUAUUUAGUAAUAAUAUUAAGAUAAAUUAUUUUGUAUGAAUAAAAAGAUGUUUUUAUGUUAUGUAUGAAUUGAUAAUAAAAUGGAUGUGUUUUGUGAAUGAUUUGGUUUUAAAAAUGGCGCUAAAUGAAACGUACGAAGAUGUGUUUUAUUGGUGUGGAAUGAAUAAGUGAAUUGAGCAUGGACUAUAGAGACACACCUUUUCGCUUCCACUGGCUCCCACUUCCCAGAGGCCCAGUAAUGUAAAUUGAAACACCAAUUCCCUCAUUCUCACAUAGAUAUAUUUUGACGAUUAACAAAUUUUGAUACAUAAUUUUAAUUAAUCUUGCAUUAAUUUUUUAAGCCACUGCAUAAUAUUGGAAUAUUCUUUAUUAGCUAUUGAAAAUAAAAUAAUUGUCGCAAAUAAGUAAUAAGAAAUGUUUUCAUUAAUGUAAAAUAUAUUUCUUUAAAUUUUUCUAAUAUAAUUUCGCUUUGAAUUACAAAGUCGUAGUUUCAAAGACAUGUACGCAUAAUAAAAAUGUUGAAAAUUGAAAAAUUCAAUAAGAAUGAUUGUUCGCCCCUUCGAUUUGCUCAAUUUAUGCGCGAUUUGAUCGAUUCUAAAUUAAUAAAAUAAAUUAUAUAAACAAUUAAAUGUGACGAAUAAACUAAUGUAUAUAAAUCUUGGUGCAUAUAUUUUAAUCUUAAUCUUCCAAAAUCACAAAGAUAUGACAAAUAAAUACAUAAAUUUUUUUCAUAACCUCUCAAUAUAGAUACAUCAUUGUCAGAGUUUUUUUUUCUACAUAAAUUCUUUCAAACUAUACUUACAAUCAGUUCAGAGUACACAACACACAGAUGACUGGCUGAUUGUAAUGAUAAAACAGUCGUCGAUUAUCGUAAUAAAUAUAUGUUAUGGUAAAUGUGAGAAACGCGCAAAAAACUUCAAUAUAUAUCUGUAUUUAACUUGCUUUUUGCAAGAAUUACAUUAAACUGCAUAUACUGUUUUGUGAGAAAAUACAAAAGAGGAAGAAGAGAGAGAAAUAGUCUUUAUCCAAACUAUUUUCUCUUUCGUUUCUAUUUUUAUGUUAUUUACGCAUUGUGAGUUCAAAUAACUCUUGAAAGAAAUCAUGGACAUUGUUGUGAGGCUGAACGAGCAAACGGCAGGCAGGGAUAAAAUAAUAAGAUUAUUACAAUAUGGAAGUCGUGCUUAUUGGUACUAUGCGCAGAAUACACAAAGCACAAGAUUCUCUGCAGAAAUUUUGAGGAGUUUAGAGUUCACUUUUAGUUCAUUCCGAAAAUUACUUCGCCUUGGAAGAUGCUUAGACAGCUUAUACUCGGCUCUAAAAAUGAUGAAGUAUCCUGAUCCAACAGUGAAGAUUACAUUAACUACGGCAAAAAUAGCAAAUGCUUUGUAUUUACUGGCAGAUCAUUUUAUUUGGGUGGGCAGAGUAGGAAUUUUAAGAGUUAAUCUGGAAAAGUGGAAUAGAGUUGCAAAUAAAUAUUGGCUAGUGACUAUUAUUAUGAGUUUAAUAAGAGAUAUUUAUGAAAUUAUCAAGAUUUUAAAACACGAGAAAAAUAUAUUUAAACAAUAUCAAAUAUUAUCCUGUUUAAGGAAUCAUAAGAAAGUGGUGAUGGAUACUGUUAAAAAUGGAUGUGAUUUAUUUAUUCCAUUGACAGCAUUAGGUAUCACAAAAUGUACUCCUGGUACAGUAGGUUUACUUGGAAUAAUUUCUUCAUUUAUUGGUCUAUGUACCAUUAUCAAUCCACUUUAUAAAUUAACUCCAUCUUAGAAGAAAAUAUUAAUCUAAUGUGUAUGUUUAUAUAUGUGUAUGUACAUUUUUUGGUUGGUGGAGAGGCGUAUAAAUGCAUAUAAAGAAGUGGGCUAUAUGCAAUAUUUUUAUAUAAAAAUAUUAUAUUAUUUUAUAAUUAUAAACCAUUAAAAACAUUGAUAUGUAAUUAUCAGGAAAAAAUAGAUGGGAUGGAUUCAACAA